GUGUGUGUGUGUGUGUGUCAGGUCUUUCUUGCCUCUGGCAUUGAAUAGUCCUGGUGUAGUGCCUGGUUUGCUUUGUUUACAGAUUGUGAAAUUUGGCUCACUUAUGGGCGGGCUAGUUGAAAAGUUCAAAGGUUGCUGACUGCUCAGUAUAACUUGGGAGACUAGUCUCAGCCAGGGAAGGAACUUUCACCUACACCACAAGAUGGAGCCAGUCUCUCUCCCAGCGCAGUCCCGCGUCGCCCUCUGCGGCGGCACCCAUGGCAACGAGAUGUCGGGCGUGUAUCUGGUGAGGGAGUUGCAGAGGCAGAAGCUGGAGAAGGUAGGGUCGGCGACCUUGACCACAGUCAUAUCCAACCCGCGUGCCGUCCAAAUGUGCAAGCGAUACACCGAAGUGGACCUCAACCGUUGUUUCACCGACGCCAUACUCAGUUCACCUGUGACGGACGCCACUCCGUACGAGGUGAGGCGAGCCCAGGAGCUGAACACUCUACUGGGGCCCAAGGGCAGCGUGGGCGCCAUGGACCUGGUGUGUGAUCUCCACAACACCACAGCCAACAUGGGCCUCAGUCUCAUCUCCUACUCUGACCAAGACUGUGUCAUCCUGCACAUCUAUAGACAAAUCCAGAGGAAGAUAACCUCAGUGCCAGUGAGGUUUAUCCUGCUGGAUCUACCACUAGCUGAUGCCUACUCUCAGGACUCCCUUGGCAAGCAUGGCUUCUCGAUAGAGGUGGGACCUCAACCCCAUGGUGUGGUCAGAGCCGACAUCUUCAACAUCAUGAAGGAGGCAGUCGACCAGACACUAGCUUGGGUCCAGUGCUUCAACUCAGGAAGUGCCUUUGAAGGUGGCGAGGUGGAUGAUGUGUACACCUUCGUGAAGAGUGUAGACUACCCAAGAGACCCAGAGACCAAUGAAAUCACUGCUGCCAUACAUCCCCAACUUCAGGACCGUGACUUCUGCCUCCUUCAUCCGGGAGAUCCCAUGUUCCUGAUGUUUUCUGGGGAGAUAGUGAAGUACGAAGGGGUAGAAGUCCUCCAUCCCUACUUUGUGAACGAGUGUGCAUACUAUGAGAAGAGUAUUGCAUUCCACCUGGCACGAAAGAUGACACUCACUAUCCCCCCCUUGCAAGUGAAGAGAGAUUGAUGGAGGGGGAGGAUAAGAGAGACAAUCUGAAGAGCGGGAGAAUUAAAGGGAAAACACACGCAGAACCUUAAUAAGCACUUACUAGUCUAACCUCAUUGUCAAUUUAUUUUUAGUCAUCACCAAAUAUCCUCAGGAAUACUGUAUGUGAAAGGAUGCACGGUUCAAUGCAAUAAUCCAGUAUUUCAAUUAAACAUGUACAUUUUCUGUUUAA